GGUCCGAUACGGUCCUCAGUUCCCAGUUCCCAGUUCCCAGUUGCCCGUGAGUCGUCCUCGGGCUUAUCUCGCCUAUCUGGCGAUAUCAGGCGACAGGCGGGUUAUCUAAAUGGGUUUGCUGUCGGUUUACGCGCAACCCGUUUAGCCCAAUCAAUAUCUAAUUAGCCCUCUGAUUGUGCGCCGCUGAUGAGCGAUAAAUUGCGAAAUACAAGCGGGACACUAACCACCAUGUACAGUCGCGACCAGCGGCCCUUCACGAUUACAGCAGCGGCCACGGAGCGGCAGGCGAGCGGUACGAGCGCGAGUGCCAGGAUGCCCAAGCUCUACAACGGGGUCUACAGCGGCCAGUGCGGCGCCCUCUCGCCGCCCGACCUCAUGGAGGCCCAGCCCAAGCUGCUGCCCAAGCCACGCAGCAAUAGCAGUGGGAGCACAGGGCGAAACAGCAAGUACUGGAUAUUCUCCAUGAUAAUCGAGCGGAGCGCGGGUCCCAAGCGGAUAGAAAUCGAUGGCGAUGAUGCGGACACGCCGCUGGAGGCCAUCCUGCCGGCAGAGCCGCCGGCGGAGGUCUGCCUCUUGCGUGACAGCCCCUUCAGGAUACUGCGGGCGGCCGAGUCCGGGAACCUUGACGACUUCAAGCGCCUGUUCAUGGCGGACAACUCGCGGAUUUCCCUAAAGGAUGGCAAGGGACGAACGGCUGCCCACCAGGCGGCGGCCCGCAAUCGGGUUAACAUCCUGCGGUACAUUCGCGACCAGAAUGGCGACUUUAAUGCGAAGGAUAAUGCCGGCAACACCCCGCUCCACAUCGCGGUGGACUGUGAUGCCUACGAGGCGCUGGACUACCUUCUGUCCAUACCGGUGGACACUGGGGUGCUGAACGAGAAGAAGCAGGCGCCCGUGCACCUGGCCACCGAGCUGAACAAGGUGAAGUCCCUGAGGGUCAUGGGCCAGUACCGGAACGUCAUCGACAUCCAGCAGGGCGGGGAGCACGGCCGGACCGCCCUGCACCUGGCGGCCAUCUACGAUCACGAGGAGUGCGCUCGCAUCCUGAUAACCGAGUUCGAUGCAUGCCCCCGCAAGCCCUGUAACAACGGCUACUAUCCCAUCCACGAGGCGGCCAAGAACGCCAGCUCGAAGACAAUGGAGGUCUUCUUCCAGUGGGGCGAGCAGCGCGGCUGCACCCGCGAGGAGAUGAUAUCCUUUUACGACUCCGAGGGCAAUGUGCCGCUGCACUCGGCGGUGCACGGCGGGGACAUCAAGGCGGUGGAGCUGUGCCUCAAGUCCGGGGCCAAGAUAUCCACGCAGCAACACGAUCUCUCGACGCCAGUGCACCUGGCCUGCGCCCAGGGUGCCAUUGACAUUGUGAAGCUGAUGUUCGAGAUGCAGCCGAUGGAGAAGCGGCUCUGCCUCAGCUGCACGGACGUGCAGAAGAUGACGCCCCUGCACUGCGCCUCCAUGUUCGAUCACCCGGACAUAGUGUCCUAUCUGGUGGCCGAGGGGGCGGACAUCAACGCCCUGGACAAGGAGCACCGCUCGCCCCUGCUCCUGGCCGCCUCGCGCAGCGGUUGGAAGACAGUGCACCUUCUGAUUCGCCUCGGAGCUUGCAUCAGUGUCAAGGACGCCGCCGCCCGCAAUGUGCUGCACUUCGUCAUCAUGAACGGCGGGCGGCUGACGGACUUCGCCGAGCAGGUGGCCAACUGCCAGACGCAGGCGCAGCUGAAGCUGCUCCUCAACGAGAAGGACAGCAUGGGCUGCUCUCCGCUGCACUAUGCCAGCAGGGAUGGGCACAUCCGCUCCCUGGAGAACCUCAUCCGGCUGGGGGCCUGCAUCAACCUGAAAAACAACAACAACGAGAGUCCGCUGCACUUUGCCGCCCGCUAUGGACGGUACAACACGGUGCGCCAGCUGCUGGACUCCGAGAAGGGCUCCUUCAUCAUCAACGAGAGUGACGGAGCAGGGAUGACCCCGCUGCACAUAUCCUCGCAGCAGGGACACACACGGGUGGUGCAGCUGCUGCUCAAUCGCGGAGCCCUGCUGCACCGCGACCACACGGGACGCAAUCCCCUCCACCUGGCGGCCAUGUCGGGCUACACCGAGACCAUCGAGCUGCUGCACUCUGUGCACUCGCAUCUGCUCGACCAGGUGGACAAGGAUGGGAACACCGCCCUCCACCUGGCCACCAUGGAGAACAAGCCGCAUGCCAUUUCCGUCCUGAUGUCCAUGGGCUGCAAGCUGCUCUACAAUGUCCUGGACAUGAGCGCCAUCGACUAUGCCAUCUACUACAAGUAUCCGGAGGCCGCCCUGGCCAUGGUGACCCACGAGGAGCGGGCCAACGAGGUGAUGGCCCUGCGAUCGGACAAGCACCCCUGCGUGACCCUCGCGCUGAUCGCCUCCAUGCCCAAGGUGUUCGAGGCGGUGCAGGACAAGUGCAUCACCAAGGCCAACUGCAAGAAGGACUCGAAGAGCUUCUACAUCAAGUACUCUUUCGCGUUCUUGCAAUACCCCUUUAUGUUUGCCCAGAGUGACGAGAAACCCGGAGAGUCGCUAGCGACAGCCAGUCCCAUUCCGUUGCCGGCUUUGAAUACCAUGGUCACCCACGGCCGGGUGGAGCUGCUGGCCCAUCCGCUGAGCCAGAAGUACCUGCAGAUGAAGUGGAACUCAUACGGCAAGUACUUUCACCUGGCCAACCUGCUGAUCUACUCGAUAUUCCUGGUCUUCGUGACGAUCUACUCUUCGCUGAUGAUGAACAACAUUGAGUUGAAGGCGGGUAACAACAGGACGAUGAGCCAGUACUGCAACAUGGGUUGGGAACAGCUGACCAUGAAUCUCUCGCAGAACCCUGCGGUGGCCUCCCAGAUUCGUUUGGAUUCCUGCGAGGAACGCAUCAAUCGAACCACAGCCAUUCUUUUCUGCGCGGUGGUCAUCGUGGUCUACAUAGUGCUCAACUCGAUGCGGGAACUGAUACAGAUUUACCAGCAAAAGCUGCACUACAUCCUGGAGACGGUGAACCUUAUAUCCUGGGUGCUGUACAUCUCGGCUUUGGUGAUGGUCACGCCGGCCUUUCAGCCAGACGGGGCCAUCAAUACCAUACAUUACUCGGCGGCCUCGAUCGCAGUGUUCCUGUCCUGGUUCCGGUUGCUCCUGUUCCUGCAGAGAUUCGAUCAGGUGGGCAUCUAUGUGGUCAUGUUUCUGGAGAUCCUGCAGACGCUGAUCAAGGUGCUGAUGGUGUUCUCCAUCCUGAUCAUUGCCUUCGGCCUGGCUUUCUACAUACUGCUUUCAAAGAUUAUUGACCCCCAACCGAACCACUUGUCCUUCUCCAACAUACCCAUGUCCUUGCUGCGAACCUUCUCUAUGAUGCUGGGCGAGCUGGACUUUGUGGGCACCUAUGUGAACACCUACUACAGGGAUCAGUUGAAGGUGCCCAUGACCUCCUUCUUGAUACUGAGCGUCUUCAUGAUCCUCAUGCCCAUCCUCCUGAUGAACCUGCUCAUCGGUUUGGCCGUCGGCGACAUCGAGUCAGUGCGUCGCAAUGCCCAGCUCAAGCGGCUGGCCAUGCAGGUGGUGCUCCACACGGAGCUGGAGAGGAAGUUGCCCCACGUGUGGCUGCAGCGAGUGGACAAGAUGGAGCUCAUUGAGUAUCCCAAUGAGACAAAGUGCAAGCUCGGCUUCUGCGACUUCAUCCUGCGCAAGUGGUUCUCCAAUCCGUUCACCGAGGAUUCCUCCAUGGACGCCAUAUCCUUCGACAACAACGAUGACUACAUCAAUGCGGAGUUGGAGCGGCAGCGGCGGAAGCUGCGCGACAUAAGCCGCAUGUUGGAGCAGCAGCACCAGCUGGUGCGGCUGAUCGUCCAGAAGAUGGAGAUCAAAACGGAGGCGGACGACGUGGACGAGGGCAUAUCGCCCAACGAACUACGCUCCAUGGCGGGCCUGAGAUCGGCGGGCGGAAAUCGGUGGAACUCGCCCCGAAUCCGGAAUAAACUAAGGGCCGCCUUGAGUUUCAACAAGAGCAUGUAGAUUCCGCCGCGAUUGGCGGGACUCUUGGCUUUACACUUAUAUCUGUGUUUUGUCCCCAGUAGAAAAAUUGCACCUACAUAUUUAAAUCUAUCUGUUUUGUGUGUACAACGUGGAUCGUGUGUGUGCAUUUGGAUAUCGUACUGUGUGAGGUCCUAAAAGGAAUUGUACAACGAAUUUAUAGGCAAGGAUCAUGGGCUGUUUUAGUAACUUGAACAAGCUGUGGCAUUCAACAGAUCUAUUGUAGUUUUAAAUGCAAUUUGCAAAAGUAUGCAUUGUUAUUUUGAUGUCUUUUAAAACAAAUAUAUAAAUAAAUCUAUAUUAUUCAGAUAACGAAGGAUCCAAAAUCCUUGAGUCAAA